AUGGCUUCAUCAAAUGGGAGUGCCCAGCGGCCUCCUCAACGAGCUCCCUCUCUGGAUCCUUUUUCCCAUCCGGAUGUCUAUUAUGGCGACGAUGAUUCUUUGGCAAGGGCCCGGGACCGCCGGCGCGCCUUUUCAACGAGCGUGAAGGACUACAGCCGCGGUGAAAUCUCUGAACUACUGGGCACAUUGCCCUCCCGGCGAGGAAGUCACGAUGAGGCUUCUGGACAGCCCCGCAAGUUCCUCAUCAACGUGGAUGAGACCCUCGAGGCGCUUUUGAAGCAGGAAGAUACCGACCAGAAUAUGCAAAUCACAAUCGAAGAUGUUGGCCCAAAGACACUGUCUGUCGGAACUGCCGGUUCAUCUGGAUACAACCGUGUUGACGUGCGCGGCACAUAUAUGCUAUCCAACCUGUUGCAGGAACUUACCAUCGCCAAAGACUACGGCCGCAAGUCAAUUGUUCUCGAUGAAGCCCGCCUGAGCGAGAAUCCCGUUGCUCGGCUAUCGCGCUUGAUCAAGAACUCUUUCUGGAAAGCCCUUACGAGACGGAUCGAUGGCUCCAACAUUGAAGUCGCUGGCAAGGAUCCCAAGGAUUGGACCGAUGACCCUCGCCCUCGAAUUUACAUCCCUCCCGGUGCCCCAGAGCAAUUCGAAUAUUAUUCCAACAUUGCCGAGAAGAACCCAGAGUUGCGACUGGAUGUGGUGAUGCUUGAUGCAGAUAUCACCCCGGAUUAUGUGAUGAAAUUGAAGCAGAAGCCUGGUCUUCUGGCUCUGGCCAUGGACAAGACGGUGAACAAGGAAACAGGCGAGGCUGAAUACAGUGGCGUUCCCUUUGUGGUACCUGGAGGUCGCUUCAAUGAACUCUACGGCUGGGACAGCUACAUGGAAUCGCUGGGUUUGAUUGUCAGCGAUCGCGUCGAUCUUGCCAAGGGCAUGGUGGUCAACUUCUGCUUCGAAAUUAAGCAUUACGGCAAGAUCUUGAAUGCGAACCGCUCCUACUAUUUGACGCGAUCGCAACCCCCGUUCUUGACAGAUAUGGCAUUGCGAGUGUAUGAACGCAUCAAGAAUGAGCCAGACUCGUUGGAGUUCUUGCGAAAUGCUGUCCUUGCUGCUAUCAAGGAAUACCAUAGUGUCUGGGUCUCGGAGCCACGAUUGGAUCCCGUCACUGGUCUUUCUCGUUACCGUCCGGAGGGCUGGGGUGUACCACCCGAGACAGAACCCAGUCACUUCAUUCAUGUCUUGAUGCCCUACGCCGAGAAGCACGGAAUGAGCUUCGAGGAGUUUGUCGACGCGUACAACUCGCGCCAAGUGAUUGAGCCCGAACUUGACGAGUACUUCCUUCACGACCGAGCUGUUCGAGAGUCGGGCCACGACACAAGCUACCGACUGGAAAGAGUUUGUGCCAACUUGGCAACUGUUGACCUCAACUCUCUUCUGUACAAGUAUGAGGUUGAUAUUGCUCGCAUCAUUCGCAUUUACUUCAAGGACAAGCUGGAGAUUCCGCAGGAAUUCCGCACGCCAGCGACCCAGAACGUCGAAUUUGAAUCUUCUUCCAGCUGGGAUCGCCGUGCGCGCAAGCGCAAGCAGCGCAUGGACCAACUUCUUUGGGAUGCUGACAAGGGCAUGUACUUCGAUUAUGAUACCGCCAAGCAAGUCCGAACUGAUUAUGAGACCGCGACGACUUUCUGGGCUUUGUGGGCUGGAUUGGCAUCGCCAGCGCAAGCCGCAACCAUGGUUGAAAAGGGUCUGCCGCGACUUGAGGCCUACGGUGGUCUAGUAUCUGGUUCGGAGGAGUCGCGUGGCCCCGUUGGUUUGGAGCGACCAAACCGACAAUGGGAUUAUCCAUAUGGCUGGGCGCCCCAGCAGAUGUUGGCAUGGACUGGCUUCUUGCGAUAUGGUUAUGAGGAGGAAGCCGAGCGACUGGCUUACAAGUGGCUGUACAUGAUCACAAAGGCAUUUGUCGAUUUCAAUGGUGUGGUUGUGGAGAAGUACGACGUGACUCGGCCCAUCGACCCGCACCGUGUCGACGCCGAGUAUGGCAAUCAGGGAACCGACUUUAAAGGCGCGCCCCGUGAAGGAUUUGGCUGGGUCAAUGCCAGUUACGUGUACGGACUCGAAUUCCUGAACGCGCACAUGAGGCGGUCCCUGGGUGCCAUCACUCCCUAUGAGACCUACAAGAAGGCAAUUGACUCCGCCGAUACUCUCUAA